CUGCUUCCUUUGGCCCCGCCCACAUCUUUGAAGCGUCAACAGCGCCAAACUUCUGGCCACUUAACGGGAAAAUGAGCACCAGAGUCGAGGAGCCGCAAUGGAGAAAAGUUCACUCGGUCACUGGCGUGAUUCCGCGGUCCCGACACGGACACAGAGCCGCCGCCAUCCGCGAGCUGAUCCUCGUUUUCGGCGGCGGGAACGAGGGGAUUGCGGAGGAUCUGCAUGUUUACAACACCGUAUCAAAGCAGUGGUUCCUGCCUGCGGUGAGGGGCGACAUCCCCCCCGGCUGCGCCGCCCACGGCCUGGUGUGCGAGGGGACGCGGGUGCUGAUCUUCGGCGGCAUGGUUGAGUACGGCCGCUACACCAACAGCGUGUACGAGCUGCAGGCCAGCCGCUGGCUGUGGAAGAAGCUGAAGCCGCGAGCUCCCAGAAACGGCGCCGCCCCGUGCCCUCGGAUCGGACACAGCUUCACUCUCGUGGGGAACAAAUGUUACCUGUUCGGAGGAAUGGCCAACGACAGUGAAGACCCCAAUGGCAAUGUGCCGAGAUACUUGGAUGACUUGUACGAGUUGGAGCUGCAGACGCUGUCGGGGGCGAGGGCCUGGAACAUCCCUGAGGCGAAGGGCAGCGCUCCGCCAGCGCGGGAGUCCCACACGGCGGUCGCCUACAGCGGAUUGGGUUCUCCGAAGCUUUACAUCUUUGGAGGGAUGCAGGGGAACCGGCUGAACGACAUCUGGCAGCUGGAUCUCGACUCCAUGGUUUGGUCGACACCUGAGCCGAAGGGCCCCCCCUCUCUACCCAGAAGUCUUCACUCUGCCAACGUCAUCGGAAACAAGAUGUACAUUUUUGGCGGCUGGGUUCCCGCUCCAGAGUCACAGAGGCACACGGACUCGGCGGUGAAGUGGGUCUGCACAAACUCCUUGAGUGUGCUCAACCUGGACGCCAUGUGCUGGCAGAACCUCGGCCCGGAGCACCAGGAGGACGUGGAGUCCCAGCUGCAGAGUCAGGGGCCCGCCUGCGACGAUCCGUACGCCUGCAGGCCCAGAGCCAGAGCUGGCCACUGCAGCACAGCCGUGGGCUCCAGGCUCUACGUCUGGAGCGGCCGCGACGGAUACCGCAAGAGCUGGAACUACCAGGUCUGCUGCAAAGACCUCUGGUACCUGGAGACAGAUCUCCCGGCUGCCCCAGAGGCGGUGAUGCUCAUCAAAUCCACCGUCAGCAUGCUUCACGUGGCGUGGCGGCCCGUGGCCGCGGCGGACUGCUACAUCCUUCAGAUCCGACCAGUGUGUCAAACCGUCAGCAGUGAUUCACAGGGAAAAUCCACGGAUCCAACUGGACCGUCGGGGCUGAGCGGGAAGGACGGACAGACUGCAGGCGUUCAGCCAGUCCAAACUCCAAGUGACGGAACCACCGACCCAGAAGACAAAGCUUGCGGUCAGGAGGCCUUCCAGCAGCUGGACAUCCAGUCUUCUGUGGAGGGAGAGAGCGCCGAGAGGACAGCAGGUCCGUUCAGAGCCGCUGGCGGACAGCCGACGGCAUCGGAGGGGGACAGCAGACGCCAGAACCAGCCAGAGGAUCAGGCUGCUGUGGCUGACAGAAGAGGAAGAUCGUACGGACUUAAAGAUGAGGCUCAGGGGAGUCCAGACAGCGGGGAGUGGUUUGAUGUUGGAGUCUUCAAAACGCUUUUCUCUGAGGUCAGCCGCUUCUUUUUACCCGCCGACAGCGACGCCGUGGCAGCAGUGGGCAGCAGCAGAACCCCCACCAGCAAAGAGCCCCUUGCCUGCAGGAGGCCGCCGGGGCCUCAGGACUACCAGGGCAGAGAGCGGCGGGAGCUGCUUCCCGGUCAGGCGUACAGGUUCAGGGUGGCAGGAAUCAACUGCUUCGGUCAGGGAGACUUCAGCCCCUGCAGUGAGUUCAAGACCUGCCAGCCCGGCUUCCCCGGAGCGCCCUCUGCUGUCAGGAUCAGCAAGGCCAGCGAUUCGGUCCAGAUCACCUGGGAGGCUCCCUCGUCUCCGUCGGGCCGGAUCCUGGAGUACUCCAUGUACCUGGCGGUGAAGAAGAACCGCUCCGCCUGCUCAGAGCGGCCCGGUCAGAUGGCCUUCAUUCGCAUUUACCGCGGCACCAAGACGUCCUGCUCGGUGAACUCCUCCAACCUGGAGAACGCACACAUCGACAGCUCCGCCUCCAACAGGCCGGCCAUCGUCUUCCGCAUCGCCGCCAAGAACGAGCAGGGCUACGGCCCGGCGACGCAGAUCCGCUGGAUCCAAGAUCCCAUUAAACUGCGGGAAUCCAGCAGCGCCGAGGCAGAGCAGGACGCCGCCGACAGCUCCAGCUGAAGGCGAUUCCACCCUCCAGGGGAAGAAGGCGGUUCACUCAGGAAGACGGGCGCUGAGACGCCGUACACGUCCUGAACUGCUCCCUUAAUUUAUUCCCAUGUAUUUAGUGAACGUCCUGUAAAUACGUGCUGACAGCGGCUUUCUGUGCGCUCUGCUGGUUGAUGGUUCAACGACCAGAUAAGUUGAAGAGAAGCCAAGAAUCAGAGAAAGUUCUGAAGAUGUUUCAGACGGAAAACCGCUGUUGCUUCAAAGGAAACGGGCUGUAUGAAAUAUCUGCUCCUGAAAAAGACAAACAUUUAUAUCUGUAAAAUAAAAAAAGUCGUUUUUUACUCAGAUGUAUGGACCAAGUUUAUCUUUGUGUACAUUUAAUCGCUGCACGUUACUGUAAACAUCGGUACCUUUACAUUUCAGUCAUUUUUUUUAAACUAUAUUUUUUCAUGGAAAUGCUAUGAGGUAAUCAUCUGUGGUGUGAAACCCUGAGAUCAGAAGACGUGUUUGCACAUGUGUAAUGUAUGUAAACAGGUGAAGACUUGGUCAGGUUUGACAUCACCCAGGUGGAGCUGUCAUCCCUGUCUGUUUAACGUUACUAUGGCAACAAGGAAAUCUGUGACUUUAAUCCCAUUUGACCAAAUUAAGUUUGGUGAUGGUAAAUACAACUAAAAACAUUGUUUUAAAUCCCGGUUUUUAAGCAAGUUAAUUGUUAUUCUUCUAGCUGCCUUUUUAUAUUUUCAUUGUCAAAUGAAUAUUUUAUGUGGCCUACAAUUCAACUUUAAUCUGUUUUCAUGUUAUGUUUUCGAAUAAAAAUCUAAAAGAUGCAGAAAAAAGUAA